AUGCAAGAAGAAAAUGCAGCAAGAUCUGCAGAUGUUCUAACGGAACAAAUUUCUACCUUGCCAAAGAAGCAACAGGAAUGUGUGAGGCAGUGUUUUGCAGCAGCAAAGAGGAAAAGCCCAAAAGGGAACACAUACUCAAAAGACUGGAUCUUAGAAUGCAUUAUAAUGAAAAUGAAAAGCCCCAGACUCUACGAGCACCUUCGUCAGCACAAUAUAAUUUCGCUGCCAAGCAAGAGCACCUUAAAGAGAUACUUGAGGCAUUACAAGAGCGGAUUUGGCUUCUGUCACAAGGUACUCGCAGCACUGAAGCGGAAAACAAAGGAACUGACCAGUUUCAAAAGGCACGGGGGCCUGCUAAUUGAUGAGAUAAAGCUGUCUGAGCACCUGACUGUGACUGCCACAGGGCAGAUAGAAGGAUUUGUUGACCUGGGCUGCUUCACGGCUGACAAAGCAAAUGCUCCAUGUGACCAUGGCAUGGUCAUCAUGUUUGUCCCCUUCACAGGAAAGUGGAUGCAAAUUAUCGGUGCCUUUGCCACAAGUGGGAACGUGAAGGCAGAGCUGCUUGCCAAAAUCAUAAUUGAAGCAACAAUACUUGCCGAAUCUAGUGGACUUUUGGUUGACUUUAUUACCUGCGAUGGUGCGUCCUGGAAUCGAAGGAUGUGGAAGAUUCUGGGAAUUGGUGUCAAGUCGGGCAAAGUCAUCUGCAAGCUUCAGCACCCUGUCGAUCCGUCACGCCAUCUACAUUUCCUUUCGGAUUUCCCUCAUUUAAUCAAGUGUCUCAGGAACGCAUUGCUUAAGCACCCAUUCAACACACCUGAUGGCAUGGUAUGCUUUAUAGUAGUGAUUCUGAUUGGGUAA